CAAAUUUUAUAAAAUUCUGAACUUUUUGAAUUUUUAAAUUUUUUUAGCAUGGAUUAGCAUGGCAACAUUGUAUCGCCUGUACCGAAACUCCUUAAUCUUGAUUGUAUUUCAAAAAAGUUCAUAAUCAUUCCAACGAGAAAAGUUACCUGUAUCUUCACGACUUUUACUGUGCCUCAUAAAAAAUGGGCUGUCCAUUUGUAUAUUUGAGGAGUCAAAUGAAUUCCUUGAAAUCGGUAGUUUUUUCAUUUUUGCUGAUAUCUUUGAAACUAAAGUAGAUACGACAAAAUUUUAAGGGGGGUCUUGCUUUAGAAAGUCAAAAAAAAUCAAUUGUUUUCGGGAAUGUUUUUAGGAUAGACGGAAAUAACUCACCAUAGAGAACUUUUCGGUAUAGUUUCAAAGAUAUUUCAAAAGUACAAAAACAUUUUUUUAAUUUGAGAAAUACUAAUUUGUACAUGGUUUAUGCGCCAAGUUUUACAGAAAAGGGUGGACAAUGGAUGCUCUCAUGUUUUGCUCCAUCUUGGGGUUCCUGUAUUCCAGGAAUGCAUGACCUUUCCCCAGAGGAAGUUCGAUGGAAAGUAUAUCAGGCACAAAAAAAUUGGACGGUGUGUCGACCCGUAAGAUUACGAAAGUACACUACUACAGGCAUCAGAAUAUUUGUGUCAAAUAAAUUCAGUUCAAUCGUGUCGAACCAUGACAGCAAAAUGUGAAGCUUUAAAAUUUCCUAUCCGUACAAUUCUCACUGUAAUGAUGAGAAAUUCAAUUGUUUUUUGUGCAAUUCUCGUGUAAACCCCAUCAGUAAAUCAGUAAUUCAGUAAUUUAUUCACGUAUGACAUAAUUUCUGUAUGGGAGUGUAAAAAAUGUCACUAAUGCUGUAACGAUUAUUUUCAGAAACUACGUGUUGAGAAUGACGAAUGCAGUUUGUCAUUUUUACAAAAAACGUUUUGCACUGGAAAGUACUGGAGGUUCUCCAAUCGUCUCAUCAACUAGCACCUCGACAACCGAGCCUGGAUCUGGCUCUCCAUGACAACCAUGCCCGCAGGUGGAUCGUUCUAACCGCCGAAUUCCAGUCCGAUCGGUUCAUCGAGUUUCUACAACGGAGCCUGAAUUCGGACCAACUACGACCUCGGCAAUCGAACUUGUAUUCGGUCUUCCACUUUCUCCAGAAGAAGAAGAAGACGCACCACUAUCCAUCUUCUAUCGCGUUGCUAAUUGAGGCAUAAUCUUCUCGAACGGAGAAGGGUGAGCGAGGACGAUGAUUCGAGCUAAUCAGAAUAACAACAGAGUAAGCUCGAUUAUUCGACUACCGCAAUUUAUGCACAGAACACCGUUGAUUCUACAUCCACAACCCGGAGUCGAAGGCGACAGUGGAUACGGGAGAUUGUCUCAGCACUCUUUAGGAACAACCGGAAAUGCUGUGGCACAGACGACCUUGGCCGAUGUUGAUGGACAAUUGGGAGUUGAUCGAUAUCAGCUGGAACGGAGUAUUUUCGAUCAGAAAAUUCGAGAUGCAAAUCAGCUUGGGAUUCGUACCGAAGCCCUUUGGCCCCAAGUCAUACCAGAAGAUUCUGUCAAAACCCAAUCGACGAAAAACCCGAAUGAAAAUUCGAAUAUGUCAGGAGCCUCGAAAUUAACUCGUCAAAAAAUUACACAUACGAUAUACAAUAUGAUUGAAAGCGAAACUUUUGCGGAGGCAAUGGCAGCCCAUCUAAGACAACAAGAGGAAGCUGCCAGACCGGCUGAUGCGAGAACGGAUGAGCGAACGGACACGACGGAAAGGAAUGGACAGGAUGUUUCGAUUGACAUAGACAAUCCACCUACGAAUGAGGAUGUUAAAUGAAUAACAAUAAAAUAUAAAAAUAAAAAUAUAGUUGAGGAAAUACUGUACAUUCAUAAAAUGAAAAAUUCUUGAUUAAUAAAUUAAAAUAUUGA